UCGCCGGUCGCCGCCGUGGCCAUGGCCCAUGGCCCGUCGCCCGCCUGUCGCCCGCCGCCCGCCGCCAUGAGGCGCGGGGGCCCCGCCGCCAUCGCCGCCUGCCUGGCCGGGGCUCUCGCCGUGCUGGCGGGGCCGGGACCGGGACCGGGCAAUGCCACCGGGACCGGCCGGCGGCCGCCCCGCAGCUACGGGCACCUGGAGGGCGACGUGCGCUGGCGGCGGCUGUUCUCGGCCACCCGCUUCUUCCUGCGCAUCGACGGCGGCGGCGGCGUGGAGGGAACGCGCUGGAGGGAGCGGCCGGGCAGCAUCGUUGAGAUCCGGUCGGUUCGUGUCGGCGUCGUGGCCAUCCGGGCGGUGCACACCGGCUUCUACCUGGCCAUGAACAAGCGCGGGAGGCUCUACGGGUCGGUAGGUCGGACGCUGCCUCCUGGCAGGGACUGCUCCAGAGUCACAGGCUCAGGGCAGGCUCGCAACAGGCUCCUGCUUUCCUUCACCUGCACCCACUGCAGCCCCUCUGCCCCCAGGGAGGAACCAAGGUCCUGCCCUGCCGCACUCUUGGGGUGCGAGGGGCUCCAGCUGAGCAGAGCCACCCCUCCUCACCCCCUUCCUUCUCCUGCCAGAAGGAGUUCAGCCCCAACUGCAAGUUCACGGAGCGCAUUGAGGAGAACGGCUACAACACGUACGCGUCGCUGCGCUGGCGGCACCGCGGCCGCCCCAUGUUCCUGUCGCUCAACAGCAAGGGCCGGCCACAGAGAGGGGGCAGGACGAGCCGGCAGCACCUCUCCACACACUUCCUCCCCAUGCUCGUCAGCUGAACGCCGUGGGCAGCUCCAGACGGUCCUGUAGGAAGAAAGAAAAAAAAAAACCAAACAAAAAAAUGUUAUUUUAUUUAUGUACAUAUCUAUUUUUUGCUAUUUAUUGCUUUAUUUUUAACGCACGGCAGAGGGAUGUGGA